CGUUAAGAGCGUGUUUGUUGUUUUGGGUAAGCCAGAAACAGGUUUUGUGACUUCCCUUGAGAUUUACAUAGAAAGCUGGCACAUAUUUGCAAAAGCCCCAAGAAAGCUUAUGUAGUUAGUGGAUAUCCCAGCAUUUAGGGUGACGCCUCAUUUUGAAUAAAGGGGGCUGUUUGAAAGUCAAAGCAAUGACACCGUCUCUAAAAACUGAAUUGGUUUUGAAAACUCUGCCAGUUUUCCUGAUUCUAUGCUUUCUUCAAGUCGGCACAAAUGUCUCAAUAGGAAACUACAGUGAACAGUAGUUUUGAUCCCCCUGACAAAAAGAACAAACUGCUUUUGAGAACACGCAAGACAACGCUGUAGUUUGGUCCUGCUGACAUGGGGCAAAUAAAGACCAGACUCAGCAUGUUCAAGGACUCCUUAAGGAAACCAAAGGACAGCCCCACAGAUAUCACACCCAUUUUCAGUGACAGCGUGCAGCUAGCUUCAGCCAGGACUCAGGAGUACCUCCUGUUCCAGGAUCCUGAGAACAAGUUCUGGCCCACUGGCUGUGCCCUGAAUGAGAUCUUCCUGAUGACCUACAUCACCCAAAGUGUGCAGUUGCGGAUGCCCGACACCUUCAUCUGCACUGCCAUGACCAGGGAGCAGAGGGUUCUGCUGGGCGCCGACUGGGUGUGGGCAGUGGUGGAGGCCUCCACCAGGAACCCGCUGGUCCAGGUGGCCGUGCAGGUGCUCCACAUGCAGGGCCGGGAGAGCGAGGAUGCCAGCAACAUCGCCGAGGCCGUGAGACUGACCUGCUCCCAGUCGGCGAGCAAGACCAAGCUUGAGAACAUGAUCGACUUCUGCGCCUCCAUUGGCCAGGACUGCUACGCCCUCUUCCUUUUCUUCGGCCGUAGCGGGGACCCAGGGAAUAUCUACGGGGUGCUGAGCAACAAUUUUCGUGCCUUGUGCACCAGGGGCUCAAAACUCAACCAGGCCUUCAUUGAGGGCUUCUUUAAGGGGACACGUUAUGUCUCUACACCGGCUGCUAUGAUACAAACUGUCACCCAGAGGCAGCAGGAUGGUCCUCUGACCAUGCUCAUUAAGUUCUCUUGA